GCUCGGUGGAAGAGUGAGGCGCCAUUGUUCGAUCCAAAAGAGACGAAGAGGGAAACUGAAAGUAUAACCCCAAAAAAUCCCGGAGAGUAGAAGUGGGAGCAAUGGCUGCUCCUCCGGCACGAGCUCGCGCCGACUACGAUUACCUCAUAAAACUUCUGCUGAUCGGCGAUAGCGGGGUCGGAAAGAGUUGCUUAUUAUUGCGUUUCUCAGAUGAUUCCUUUACUACUAGUUUUAUUACUACCAUAGGGAUUGACUUCAAGAUUAGGACCAUUGAGCUUGAUGGGAAGCGCAUCAAACUGCAAAUUUGGGAUACAGCUGGUCAAGAACGUUUCCGUACAAUAACAACAGCUUAUUACAGGGGAGCCAUGGGUAUAUUGCUGGUCUAUGAUGUCACAGAUGAGUCCUCUUUCAACAACAUCAAGAACUGGAUUCGGAACAUUGAGCAGCAUGCAUCUGAUAAUGUUAACAAGAUAUUGGUGGGCAACAAAGCUGACAUGGAUGAGAGCAAGAGGGCUGUGCCGACGUCGCGGGGCCAGGCACUAGCCGAUGAGUACGGUAUCAAGUUCUUUGAAACGAGUGCAAAAACAAACUUCAAUGUGGAGCAGGUUUUCUUUUCUAUUGCAAGAGACAUAAAGCAAAGACUUGCUGAAAGUGACUCAAAAGUGGAGCCCCAGACCAUCAAAAUUGGUAAACCAGACCCGGCUAAUGGUUCUGGUACAGCUCCAGAGAAAUAUACUUGCUGUGGUUCCUGAGCUGUUGGAUCUAUGGUUGCUCUUAAUUUCACAUGCUCAUGUGGUAUGGUUCUAUAGCACUGGGAAGCUGUUCCUGGUUGAGAAGGGUUUGGGGGGCUUUUUUUUCCCUUGUUUGUUAAACUUAUGGGUGUUGUACUUUCUUCCUUCCUUCAAAGUUGUACUUAUUUCUUCCCUCUUUUCCUUAAAAUCUGUAGAGAGAUUCUCCUGAAUGUUUUCUAAGUUUUGGGCUUCAAGUCCUGCUGUCACUUAUCUAACAUUCUUAUUUCGGUGAUUUCGUUUUUUUUUUUGUUUAUUUCUUGUAGAUGGAUGCUCAUCAAUGUUGGUCUUGGUAUAACAAUAACCUAUUUAUUUAGUUUU